GUUGUACAGUGCAUAGUAUUCCACCAACAGCUUUGAGCACACCAGUUUGAACUAAUCAACACUGCCAGUGUACAACUCAUAUUGUCUUAAACUUAAAAGAUACACCAAAUAGAUACAAAAAUGGCCAUAAUACGUUUCACCAUUGCCAUUUUUCUAGUGGCAUUUUUAAUGGCCACCAUUUUCAGCAUUAGUGAGGCUGCGUACAGGAAACCACCAUUCAAUGGCAGUAUUUUUGGUAAACGCAAUAGCAUUGAGUACGAUAAUGCCAAGGCUUUAACAACUCUCUGUGAAAUCGCUAUGGAAUCAUGUCAAGCCUGGUUCCCACAAACUGAUAAUAAAUAAAUACAAAUGGAAAAUAAAUUUUGGAUAUAUAUUAGCAUUGCGAUGUAGUAUUAUAUAGAAGUAUUUCUAUUGUGUGCAGCUUAAGCU